UCCCUGUAGUAACUGCAUGUGUUUGACCUCAUGCACUGGCUUGGUAACGUUCUCCUGUGUAUGUUCUCCAUUGUAUGUUCUCCUGUGUUACAGCAAGAGCAGGAAGCAGAAGAGGUGGGGGGUGCAGCUCAGAAUGACGCAGCAGAGGAGAAGCUACCGGCGUCAGGAUCAGAGGACAGCGAUGAUGAAAGCUCAGAUAGGAGGAGAGCGGGCGUGGAGGGCCUGAUAGAAAUCGAGAACCCCAACAGGGCGGCUCAGAAGUCCAAGAAGGUGACGCAGAUCGAGCUGGACGAGCCCAAGCAGUUAUCAAGGAGAGAGAG